AUGGCGUCAUCAAGAACCCCAGAAACUCAGGAUACCAGCUACGUCGAGAUGGACGACAAGAACGAAGCCACGCUGAUCGGCAAGCACUGUGAAUACGACUACUGUAACCAGCUCGACUUUCUCCCCUUUUUCUGCCAAUCGUGCAAAAAGACUUUCUGCCUCGACCACCGAAGCGAAGGAGCUCAUGAGUGCUCAAAUCCCGGUGCGUGGGCAGAGCGGAAGCGACUCAGACAGCUCGCGCAACCAUCUAUCGGAGAAGGAAAGGUUCUUAGGGACAAGGUGUCCCAGAAGCCCUGCUCAUCGCCUGAAUGCAAGACCACGAUUGGCACAUCUCUAAUACCCGGCGUACACUGCCAGACGUGCAACCGAGAUUACUGUCUGAAACAUCGUCUAAAGGAGGAUCAUAACUGCAGCAACUUGGUGCCCAUUGGAGCUCGCCCAGCGCAAUUCGAUGUUGGCCAAAAGACAAGAUCAGCGCUCGACAAGCUUCGCGCAUGGGGUACAGCAAAGAAAGAGCAAGCUGGCCGAGCACUCCCCAAGCCAAAACCAAGCUCUGCCUCAGCGCGCAUUGUCGCAGUGAACAGCCUAAAGAAGACAGCCAAGGGCGACGACAAAACACCCGUUGAGAAGAGAGUAUAUAUAUACGUGGAGGCCGAGGCAGAGACAGCAAAGGCCAAAUUUCCCAAAGGAGAGUUCUUCUAUAACAAGGACUGGGUUGUAGGCCGAGUGCUCGACGCCGCGGCGAGGAGCCUGCAGGUGCAGAACAUCAACAACCAAAGUUCCGACGAGAAGGAUAAGCUACGAGUAUUCCACGUGGAGGGAGGUAGAAUUUUGGAGUACAAUGAGAAGGUUGGGACUGCGCUGCAGAGCGGAAAUACUGUGGUUUUGUUGCGUGGCGUUGGACCGGCUACCCCAGACCUUAUUGAAGCAUGA